AUGGGGUAUCCUGGGGGCUGGUCGGGUGCUUCUUUCACCCACGUGCUGCUGCUGCUCGGCCUCCCAGCGCUCUGCUCAGCAGGGCCGGGGGAGCCGGGCCCCACUAUCGAUGGACAGGCACUAGCAGCGUGCACACUGCGGGAGGAGGAGAGCCGUACCUUCACCUGCCAGGCCCCUCAGCUGGCCCCUGGCACUGCACUGGUGUGGUACCUCGAUGGUCGGAAGCAGGAGGUGAACUGCUCGGCCGCAGGCACUGCCAGCACCCUCACCCUCACUGCCCAGCGCACCUACCGCGAGCUCAACUGCUCUCUGACGGACCCGACCUCCAGGCAGACCCACAACGCCUCCGUCCUCCUUGAUGUGCAGUAUAAACCGGAGAUCCUGCAAGCAGAUGCCCACUACCAGGAUGCUGAGGGCACUGGGCUCCUUCUGGUGCUCUCUGUGCUGGUGCGAGCCAACCCCCCUGUCAGCAUUGCUUGGGUGUGCCAGAAUGGGCAUGUGAUGGCCAAUACCUCUGAGUUCCUCUUCCUGGGCACGACACGCUACCCAGGGCUGGCUAACCACUCGCUCCAUGUCCACCUCAGCAGUGUGGCUGGCAACCUGUCUGUCAGUGCUGCCAACAGUGUGGGAGUCACCACCACCUCCAUCCUGCCCCCAGGUCUGUUGGACACCCACGUGGAGCUGCCUUUGCUGGGUGUUGCCAUCGGAGCAGCCCUGGCCCUUGGUGUCCUGCUCCUCCUGGGCUCUUGUGCCACCUGCCUGGCGUGCCGCCGGGCCAAGCUGGAGCCAGCUUCCUCCAAGGAUGCAGGAGAGGAGAGAGCCGUGCCAGCACUGGAGAACUCCCUGGUUUUCAACAAGCUCGGCGAGUCAGGUUUUGUCCAGCUCCCCACGUCUGGGCGCAUCUACAAAGUGCCCAGCGUGAGCAGCGAUGAGAUCUGGCUGUGA